AUGAGCGACACGGAGAAGAUCAUCGCAGAUCCGUCUCCUGCGAAGAGCAUCGGAGACCCAGGAAUCACCCCCCUGUCCCCAACACACACACAGAAUGACUCCGCUCACGUUCCUGAUGCUCCGUCUUUUGUCGUUGUCGUCGCCAUCGACUUUGGAACCACAUCCAGUGGUUACGCCUACGCCUUCAGCAAGGAGCCAGAGUGUAUCCACACCAUGAGGAGGUGGGAGGGGGGUGAUCCCGGAGUGUCCAAUCAGAAGACUCCCACCACCAUCCUGCUCACGCCCGACCGGAAGUUCCACAGCUUUGGUUUUGCAGCGCGAGACUUUUACCACGACCUAGAUCCUCAGGAGUCCAAGCAGUGGCUCUACCUCGAGAAGUUCAAGAUGAAGCUACACACCACAGCGAACCUGUCGGUCGACACGGAGCUGCAGGCGGCCAACGGGAAGAGAGUGAAGGCGCUGGAUAUCUUUGCCUACGCUCUAGCCUUCUUCAGAGAGCAGGCACUGAAGGAGCUCAGUGAUCAGACCGGAGGGGACUUCGACAACAGUGACGUGCGCUGGGUCAUCACGGUCCCAGCGAUCUGGAAGAUGGCAGCGAAACAGUUCAUGAGAGAAGCAGCUUACAAGUCCGGUCUUGUGUCCCGUGAGACCCCGGAGCAGCUGAUCAUUGCCCUGGAGCCUGAAGCCGCCUCCAUCUACUGCAGGAAGCUGCGUCUGCACCAGAUGGUCGACCUGACGAGUCCCCAGGCCAGCCACAACCUCAGCCCCACCGAGCCCCUGGGCACCUGCAUGAACCAAGCCAAAGAGGGGGUGAGGAAGAACAGACAGAGCCGGACGUUUCUGGUGGAGAACGUGAUCGGAGAGCUUUGGUCAGAGCUGCAGGAAGGGGAUCGGUACGUGGUGGUGGACUGUGGAGGAGGAACCGUGGACCUCACUGUUCAUCAGAUCCGUCUCCCAGAAGGACACCUGAAGGAGCUCUACAAGGCUUCAGGAGGCCCGUAUGGAUCCAUCGGUGUGGACUAUGAGUUUGAGAAGCUGCUGUGUCAGAUUUUUGGUCAGGACUUUGUGGAUCAGUUCAAAGUGAAGCGUCCGGCGGCGUGGGUCGACCUCAUGAUCGCCUUCGAGUCUCGUAAACGCGCCGCAGCUCCGACUCGCUCCAACCCCCUCAACAUCAGCCUCCCCUUCUCCUUCAUCGACUACUACAAGAAGUUCAGAGGUCACAGUGUGGAGCACGCCCUGCGCAAGAGCAAUGUGGACUUUGUGAAGUGGUCGUCUCAGGGGAUGCUGAGGAUGAGUCCAGACGCCAUGAACGCUCUGUUCAAACCCACCAUCGACCACAUCAUCCAACACCUGGAGGAGCUCUUCUCUCGCCCUGAGGUCUCUGAGAUAAAGUUCUUGUUCCUGGUUGGAGGAUUUGCUGAGUCGCCGCUGCUUCAGGCUGCGGUGCAGGAUCUACUGAGGGGGCGGAGCCAGAGCCGUGUGAUCAUCCCUCAUGACGUGGGGCUGACCAUCCUGAAGGGGGCGGUGCUGUUCGGCCUAGACCCCAGCGUGAUCCGCGUGCGGCGCUCGCCGCUGACGUUUGGCGUGGGCGUUCUGAACCGCUGGGUGGAGGGGAAGCACCCGGCGGAGAAGCUGCUAGUGAAGGAGGGCACGCGCUGGUGCACCGACGUGUUUGACACCUACAUCCGCGCCGAGCAGUCGGUGGCGCUGGGCGAGACGGUGACGCGCAGCUACACGCCCGCCAAGCUGGCACAGCAGCUCAUCGUGAUCCACGUGUACUGUGCCGACAGCGAGAACGUCGCUUUCAUCAGUGACCGUGGCGUGCGCAAGUGCGGAACGCUGCGACUCGACCUCAGCGGCAGCAGCUGCACCGCCGCACGCCGCGAGAUCCAGACUCUGCUGCAAUUCGGAGACACCGAGAUCCGAGCCACCGCUUUGGACGUGGCCAGCGGCCGCAGCGUCCGGGCCACCAUCGACUUCUUAAGCAACUGA